UUAUUGAACCCACCGUCAACCAAGUCCACAAAAGCCACCAAAAUAUCUAGAAAUUACAACAACACACUUCUUUUGCGCGGGAAAUAUUUCGAUUGCUUCAAUUUCCGUUAGGUUUUCACUUUUCACAUACUCACACACAAAAUUUGGUAUUUGAAUCUGCAAAGAUCAAAAAACCUCGAAUUCGAUCGAUUACUCGCACUUUCCUUUUCGAAUCAACUGUUAAUUGCACAGAUCUAUGGACGUUUCAUCUAUCAAAAACCUCUGUCGACAUUUGAUUUCGUCGGCUAUUCAACGGUGCCGGACGUCCGGUGAACUUUGCCGAUUAACCGUCAGUCUGAAAUCGUAUCCACUCGCUAGUCCUCCAUUAGUUCGGAUCUCAGUUUCUGACACGGGAGUUGGAAGCUGCUUGGAGGAGAUUCAGGAUGUGGAGCAUCUAAGUGAUUCAACGUUAAAUGACUUACACGCUUUGGUAUGCUAUGCAGAUGGAGUUAUAUCAAUUGCAACAACCAGUGCUUGUGAUACUGAAAUCUUUCACUACAGUAUAGAUCUUAAACAAAAGGAUCGCUCAAAACGGAUAGCAAAACUGCCCCUAAGCUCCAAAUCUGGUGCAACAUUCAGUGGGUCUGAAGUAUCAUUCUCAACUUUUCAUAGUAUUGAUUCUCUACAGGCAGAUAUUAAUUGCUUUUUCCAAAAGAUGCUGGUUAUGAACAUUCCGAAGGUUGGAAUUGAACUCAUUGUUGACAAGGGUAAAUUUGCUGAGCAUCAAUGUGUGAAUGCUAUAGUGGCAAAUGAGUGCAUUGAUUUACCAUCAGAAGAAAACGAUGCAUGUCUCAAACCAGGCCUUAUGGAUUAUGCUCUCAAGCAUGGGAAUCAGAAAAACUGUAUAUGCUACUCUUGCUUUCCAACCAGGGAACACCUGAAAACUGGAAGUGGGGUGGUCUGCAGAAGUAAAAAGAAUACUGAAACAACGAUAGAAGCUGUGGUUGUAGUUAGUGAAUUACCAGAGUUGAUUAAUCCAUCUUGUUCCAGAGUGUAUGGUAGUAAAACAGAGGUAUUAUACUACAGUGACUUCUCACUUGGCCUAAUUUCUCAACCAUUACUUACUGCAUUAAAAGGCAUCAAGUGGAAAAGAUAUGGGCUUAGCAUUAAAUGCAUAUCGGGUGAAGAUGGUUGUGCAUUUAUUGAAUGGGAGGAUUUGCCACCAGGUUGUCAUAUCGACAUUGCCAUCCACUGUCACCACAACCAGCUCAAUCUGCCUCAAGCAAUUAAAAGUACUGUUGACAGAAAUCUUGCUAAAAAAGCUGUGAAGCUUGCAUUUGAUGACCUAAAGGAGAAAAAUAAUGGAGUUCUUCUCAGUGCACAUGCAGUUAAGAUUCGAAGUUAUGUCCCAGACCUCGCGAAAACAAUUGCAGGCCUCAUCUCAACUUCUAAUGACUCUAAGUUUAAACAAGAAUGUACUUCAGUACUUGGCCUAAAUUCCCAUGAUGCAAUAUCUAUUGAGGAUAACAUCAAACAGAAGCUUUUUUCAGUUAUAGACCGCAACGACAGAGAACCUCAAACUAGGAAAAUGAAAGAAAGCGAGCAUCUUCUUUUUAAUGAUGAUUGCUUCGAAGAACCAGAUUUCUUGUAUGAAGAUUACGAAGACGAGGAGAGUCUUUCUGCUUUUGAUAUGUGAGAUUGUCGUUGAUCAUGUUGAGAUUCAUGAGGCAUGCCUUAGUUUAUGAGCUACAUUCUGGUAAUAUUAUGCUGCUGAGCAUCGCUUAGAUAUAAAAGAUUAUUGGUCAUUUGAUGCUUA